ACUACUACAUAGUCAUAACAAAAACAUUUUAAUUAAUCGAUCACCAAAUACAAAUCUUAGUGAGUUGUGAACAAAAAAAUGACAUGGGACAUGACUCAAGCCGGGUCCAUAAUGGCCGGAGUUAUGUUCAUUUGGGCAAUAUUCCGACAAUGGUUUCCCGACGAAUUUCGUGAGCAUUUCGAAAAAUACUUACACAAAGUCAUCGGUUUCGUGUACCCUUAUAUCGAAAUUACGUUUCAUGAAUACCAAGGAGAUGAAUUUGAGCGAAACAAAGCCUAUGUUUCGAUAGAAAGGUAUCUUAGUAGCAACUCUUCCAAUAAAGCUAAACGGCUCAAAGCGAAUGUGGUUAAAGAUUGUGAACCGGUUGUCUUAACCAUGGACGACUACGAAGAAGUCACGGACGAGUUUAAAGGCAUCAAGAUUUGGUGGACUUCAAGUAAAACUAUUCCACAACAACGGGCCAUUUUUUCGAGCCGUGAUGAUGAUGAAAAACGGUAUUAUAAACUCACUUGUAAACGUGAAGACCGAGAAAUCGUUACUAAAAGUUAUUUGCAAUAUGUGCUUGAUGAAGGGAAGGCGAUUGCGGUUAAGACAAGGCAACGAAAGCUUUAUACCAAUAAUAAAGGAGAAAGUGGUGGGUAUGGUUAUUACAAAAGGACUAUGUGGAGUCAUAUUGUAUUUGAGCAUCCUUCUACUUUUGAUACUCUUGCAAUGGACCCGAAAAAGAAAAAAGAUAUUUUGAAUGAUCUUACCAAGUUUAGUAAGUCGAAAGAUUACUAUAAGAAGGUAGGUAAGUCGUGGAAGCGUGGAUAUCUUCUUUAUGGCCCACCAGGAACCGGGAAGUCUAGUAUGAUUGCUGCAAUGGCUAAUUUUUUAGAGUACGAUAUCUAUGAUCUUGAAUUGACUUCUGUGAAGGAUAACACGGAUUUGAGAAAGUUACUCAUUGAGACAUCAAGUAAGUCGAUUAUUGUGAUUGAGGAUAUCGAUUGCUCACUUGAUUUAACGGGUCAGAGGAAGGAGAAAAAGGAAGAUGGUAAAAAAGAUGAAAAAGAUCCGAUUAAGAAAAAAGUUGAGGAGGAAAAGGGUAAUAAGGGGAAAGAGAGUGAAGUGACUUUAUCCGGGUUGUUGAAUUUUAUUGAUGGGUUAUGGUCAGCUUGUGGUAGUGAGAGAUUGAUCGUUUUCACGACGAAUUAUAUCGAAAAGCUUGAUCCUGCUUUAAUAAGAAGAGGAAGAAUGGACAAACAUAUUGAGAUGUCUUAUUGUUGUUAUGAAACAUUUAAGGUUCUUGCAAAGAACUAUUUGGAUGUUGAUUCACAUGAAUUGUUUGCAACUAUCGGUCGACUAUUAGGAGAAACAAACAUGACUCCUGCCGAUGUUGCUGAAAAUUUGAUGCCAAAGUCGGAUGAAGAGAAUGUUGAAAUCUGCUUGAGCAACUUGAUCAAAGCAUUGGAGGAUGUAAAAGAAGAAACAAGACUCAAAGCUAUAGAGGAUGCCAAGGUAAAAGUUGAGGAGGAAGCUAGCAGUAAAAAGACCAAAGAAAACGGUGAAAAUUUACAAGACAAUGAUGCCAACUUAGCUAAUGGAGAUGGUAAAGACGGUGUACAAGUUAACAAAGUGAAAGAAAAUGGUGUCAUCACUCAAUGAAAAAAAUAAAAGAGUACUCUCUUAAUUAAUUGUUAAUGUUUGGUAGUUAAAAAGCAUUAGUGUUAAAUCGAUGAUUCGUUGGGUGGUUUAACUUUGGCUUGCAAGCCUGAAAUUAAAACUUCGGUGUAGUAGCUAAGCAUGCGAUGUGUCUUUCAAUAUAUAAUAUAGUACGUCAUUGAAGUAUAUUUAUAAUAUAAUGACGUGAAAAUGUAACAAACUAUACACAAUUAUUUACGAUACGUUUAAUGA